GUGCUUUUGGGAAUGGACCGGCUUAUGCUGUUGGAAUUGUUAACAUCAUAAAGGCCUUCUAUGGAAGGAAGAUCUCCUUCUUGGCUGGUUGGCUUCUUAUCAUAACUACUCAGGUUUUGGGUUACGGUUGGGCUGGGCUAUUAAGGAAGUAUGUGGUGGAGCCAGCUCAUAUGUGGUGGCCCAGUACCCUGGUCCAGAUAUCACUAUUCCGAUGAAGGCAAAGGAACAGAGGAUGGCAAUGACACAAAGAAGCAAAUGUCGCGAUCAAAAAUUUUCGUGAUUGCACUCACCUGUAGUUUCUUAUGGUACUUGGUUCCUGGUUACUUCUUCUCGGCCUUACAAAGCAUCGCAUGGGUGUGCUGGGCAUUUCCCAAAUCAGUCACUGCCCACCAGCUCGGUUCGGGUUUGUCUGGUCUAGGACUCGGAGCCUUCACAUUAGACUGGACAGUGGUGGCUUCCUUCCUGUUCAGCCCUCUCAUCUGUCCGUUUUUCGCCAUUGCCAAUGUCUUUGUAGGCUAUUUCUUUAUACUCUACGUAGUCAUUCCCACAGCCUACUGGGGGAUAAAUGUGUACAACGCCAAAAACUUCCCCAUAUAUUCAGCAGACUUGUUCACUGCAGAAGGCCAGUUGUAUAACAUAACAGCUAUUGUUAAUAAGAAGUUCGAGAUAGAUAUGGUGGAGUAUGAUAAACAAGGAAGAGUCAAUUUGAGUACGUUCUUCGCUCUUAGCUAUGGAUUUGGAUUCGCCACCAUUGCAUCUACACUUACUCAUGUGGCCUUGUUUUAUGGAAGGGAGAUUUAUGAUCGAACCAGAGCUUCUUCCAAGAAGAAGGAGGACGCGCACACAAGAUUGAUGAAGAACUACGAGGACAUAACUUCGUGGUGGUUUUACUUGCUUCUCGCAGUGACGAUUGCGGUGUCUCUUGCACUCUGCAUCUUUUUAAAGAAGGAGGUUCAGAUGCCUUGGUGGGGGCUUCUGUUUGCAGCUGCCCUUGCCUUCAUGUUUACCCUCCCCAUCAGCAUCAUUACCGCCACCACAAAUCAGACACCAGGGCUGAAUAUCAUCACAGAGUACAUUAUGAGAGUAAUAUUACCCGGACGACCUAUAGCCAAUGUCUGCUUUAAGACCUAUGGAUAUAUGAGCAUGACACAGGCAAUCUCCUUUCUCAGUGAUUUCAAGCUAGGCCAUUACAUGAAGAUUCCCCCAAGAUCAAUGUUUAUAGUUCAGUUCCUUGGAACCAUCAUUGCAGGAACUAUCAAUAUGAGUGUUGCGUGGUGGCUUUUGAACACGGUUACAGAUAUAUGCCACAAGGAAGUUCUUCCAGAAAACAGUCCUUGGACAUGCCCCAACGACCGUGUCUUCUUUGAUGCAUCUGUCAUCUGGGGUCUGGCAGGACCUAGGCGAAUUUUCGGCCCUCUUGGCAACUAUGCAGCUCUUAACUGGUUCUUCCUUGGAGGAUUGUUGGGACCAGUUGCAGUAUGGCUCGCGCACAAGGCUUUCCCCAACCAAUCUUGGAUUCCCCUCAUUAACCUUCCAGUACUCCUCGGAGCAACUGCUUAUAUGCCACCGGCAACAGCAUUGAACUACAAUUCUUGGAUAUUGGUCGGGACGAUCUUCAACUUCUUUGUCUUCAGGUACAGGAAGAAAUGGUGGCAGAGAUAUAACUAUAUUCUUUCAGCAGCUUUGGAUGCCGGGGUGGCUUUCAUGGCGGUUCUGCUUUACUUCACCACGGGCUUGGAGGACAAAAGUAUAAACUGGUGGGGUAACGAUAAGAGUAACUCUGAACAUUGUGCUCAGGCAUCAUGCCCACCAGCCAAGGGCAUAGCAGUGGACGGUUGCCCUAUAUUUUAAGAUGCCAAUAUUUGUCUAAAACCUUAUCUGAAUUUUUUUUUUUUUUUUUUUAUUUAUUAUUAUUUUUUUUUUAUGACAUGGGAACCUCAGAAUUACCGGUACUUUGGACUUGUAGCUGCCGGGACCGUCCACAAACCACGCUUAUCGGUUAAGUCCGGAGUUGCUGCCAUUGGUAGUUUAAGGUUGCAGAAGGUUCACAUUGUCUAAAAUAGAAUCAAAUACAUCACUGUUGAAAGUUGGUUGUGCUGAAUACAUCAUUCUGUUCUGAAA